AUGUUGAAAAAACGAUCUUCUCGCAAACCCCAAAAUCAAAAACCCUCAGAAUCAAUUGUAGAACGUCCAUUGGAGGAAUUGAAUUUACCAACUGAUAUCUUGAUUGAAAUUUUGAAAAGAUUGCCAUUGAAAUCACUUGUGCGCUCAACUUGUAUUUGUAAGUCUUGGUUCUCUCUCCUCACUUCUCCAACUUUUCUUUCAACUCUUGCUACUUUUAAUUUGAGGAAUUCAAUUGAUACCCAGAAUUUUCAAUUGUUUAGAGAAGCCAUUAAUAUUCACAGUGAAGAUUGUUGUACGAAAUUCACGGUUUAUAGUAACAGUAAUUUUUUGUUGAAGAAAACUGAAUUUGAAUGCCCCGUUGGUAAAAAACACCAUGUUGUUAGUUCUGCUGAUGGAUUGGUUUGUUUGUUUGAUUUUUAUUCCCGGAACCCGGGAAUGGAGCCAUUGAUUUUAUGGAACCCUUCAAUUAGGAAAACCCUUGUUGCUCCUGUCCCUGUUAAUGGUACUGUGGUGGAGUUCACCUCUGGUGGAUUCCCCAAAUUGAUUUUCGGGUUCGGAUAUGAUUCAUCUUCAAAUGGUUACAAGGUGGUUCAGAUUUCGUAUCAUAAUGGUGGUAGGGGUGUUUCAGAUGGUACGAGUUUCCAGGCAAAUGUGUAUUGUGUUAGUAAUUGUGAGUGGAAGAACUUGGGAUUGAGUGUUGUACCGCAAAAUAUUAUCACUAUUAGAUGGAGGGGGGUUUAUCUGAAUGGGGUAAUCCAUUGGGUUUGCAAUGUCAAUGUAAAUGUAGAUGGUAAGGAUCGAAUUCAUCGUACAAUUUUGACAUUUAAGUUGGGAAAUGAAGAAUUUAGUGAACUUAAGUUGCCGAAGGAGCUAGUGGAUGUGACUAAUCAUACCCUUAAAGUUGUCACGGUUCCUAGGGUUGGUAAGGAGGUGCUUGGGGUUGUCCAUAACGUCACUAAUUCAUUUAGCUUGUGGGUGACGGAGGAAUAUGCACUGAAGGAAUCUUGGGUUAAGUUGUUCAGCAUUAAUUUCGGGAGCAUGAUCAGGAAUGACAUGAAUGUGGUGGUUUUGAGCGAUCAAGUUGUGGUCGUCAAAACUUUGUUGGGUGGUUGGCGUUCCUAUGAUCAUAGCAGGAAACAAAUUUUUUAUCACCAUAAUACAAUACCAGAGGGUCUGGACUACGUGGAUUCUUAUGUGGAAAGCUUAAUUCUGCUUGGGCAACGAAAAGGAGUUCUUCCUAGCAAAGAGGUGAAGCAAGAGAGUCCAAAACCUAGACGCUUACGUAGAUUUAAAAGGGGUAAUGCUAGAGCAACGUAG